GUGAAGUGUGGGCAAACUGACCCAAGUGCUGCCGAACGUCCUUCGGUGGCUUGUCGUCGGUCGGGUAGGGACCGACCGUGUUCGGUAAUAGUCGGCGUCUUCGGUACUUGUCUAGCGCUGUUCGGUGUCUCCCCAAAGCUUCCCGAAUACCUCCCUCGGACCCUAGCGCGG